CGGGUUUGAUCGAGCAGUUUUCAGUGUGUUUACUGUAAUCACUCUGAUUAAACUUCACGUUUACCGCUUUCAUUUGAGCUUUACCGGUAUCUCCAGUGUCUGUUCUGAGCGGGUUUUAUUUCAGAUGUGUGUUUGGGGAAUAUGAGCUGAAAUGCCGUCUGUGUCCACUGGAGUGAAGGAUUUGUAUCUGUCCACAUCACUGGGGGAUCUGAACAAGAAGGCUGAAGUCAAACUAGACAAAACCAACACCAGACACUAUGUCCAGAGUGCGUGUAAGAUUUUCAAGGCUGCUGAGGAGUGUCGUCUGGACCGCGAUGAGGAGAAAGCUUACGUGCUGUACAUGAAGUAUCUGACCGUCUAUGACCUCAUCAAGAAGAGACUGGACUUCAAACAGCAACAGGAUUUCUUCCUGUCCAUGCUGGGACCAACCAGCUUUAAAAAGGCAAUAGAGGAAGCAGAGACACUUUCAGAAAGUCUAAAACUCCGGUAUGAAGAAGUGGAAGUGCGGAAAAAGCUGGAAGAAAAAGAGAGAGAAGAGGAAAAGAGUCGAAGAGAACAAAGGAUGGAAAAAGAUAGACGUGCUUCACUCAAAGGAACAUCAGAAAAGAAGGGCAAUAAGAAGGUUAAAGAAGAACCCAAUAACAGCAAGAGCAGGUGUGAUAAAGGCAGCAUCAGUGCAGAGGGUUUAUUUCAUCUGAUAAAGGACCCCAGUAUCAGUGUGCUGGUAAUGGAUGCUCGGAGCAGACAGGACUUUGAGGAAUCACAGAUGUGCGUCCCGUCUCAGAUGUGCAUCAGUGUACCUGAGGAGGCCAUCAGCCCUGGGGUGACGGUGAAUCAGAUUGAGGGGAAGCUGCCUGCAGCCUCACUGUGUGAGUGGAAGCGCCGAGGGUUUGUGGAUUACGUUAUUCUGUUGGACUGGUUCAGCAGCGCCUCUGAUCUCAAACUAGGCACCACAUUACAGAGCCUGAAGGAUGCUCUCUAUAAGUGGGACAGCAGUACUAUCCUGCACAGUGAGCCGCUGGUGUUGGACGGAGGAUAUGAGAACUGGCUGCUCUUUUACCCCAUGUACACGAGCAACGCUAAAGUCAAACCACCCAGAAAGCAGGCACCCAGCACACUGCCACAGUUAAACUUCACAUACCCUUCACUGGAGGAGCCCAAACCUGUGAUUGUGCAAGAAGAGCCUCCAGCUCCAGUGCAGCUUAAUGGAGAGCACAAAAUUAUGGACCAGGACCCCCACUUAGAAUCCCCUGCAAUCUCACAAACACACACACCACUGCCACAGCCUGCUCCCCUCACAAGCACAGAUAGCGUGACGCCACCCUCCGCCUCGCCCAGACACACUCCACAGGUUGAUCGCUCUAAGAAGCCACCUGUGAAACUGUCGAGUGCAAAGGUCAGCAAUAAGCCUGCAGCGAAUGACCUCCCUGUGGCUCAUAAUGGGCCAAUGAUGCCGAACCGCACAAUCAAACCCAACCUGGACCCAUCCAGAGCUCUGAGCGAGGAGGAACGAAGGGAGAUCCAUGCUGAGACCCUCACUCUGAUGGUGAAAGCUCGUAAAGAACAGGAACAACGCAAGCAGGCUCAGGAGGAGAUGAGAGCCAGAGAAGAGAAAGAACAGCGAGAGACAGCGGAGAGACGACAGAGAGAAGAGAAAGAGGAGGAGGAGAAACAGCAGGAGAGAAAGAAACUGGAGCGACAGAAGGCAGAGGAGAAGGAUCAGGCAGAAAUGGAGAGAGACGAGAAGAGCAAAAAAGUGCAAAAGGACUUUCCACUGGACGCACAGAUGAAGAGCAUGUCACUGGAUUCACCUGUGCCUUUCAGUGCUAUGAGUGACAACAAGAGGGAGCUUCUGACACGGGCACGCAGUGAGGAAAUGGGCCGAACUGUUCCUGGGUUACCCGAUGGCUGGAUGAAGUUUCUAGACACUGUGACGGGCACCUAUAGAUAUUACCACUCGCCCACCAACCGCGUGCAUCUCUACCCUCCAGAGGUCAACACGCCUCAAAUUCCACCCAGCACAACCCCAACACUCAAAGCCAAGUCACCACAACCGGCAGAGACUGAGAAAGAGAAGGAGCAUGAGAGAGAGAGAGAGCAGUCCAAACUGAAACGAUCAUACUCCUCUCCCGAUAUCAGUCAGGAGCUCAAUGCAGAGACAAGCAGGAAACCUGCUGCUGUACCUGCAAUUAUCAGAGAAAACAAGCCUCUGACCGCAGCCACAUAUGCUAAGGUUGAGAUUGCACGGCCAUCUGCGGCUAAGAUCCGGAAUCUGAACCCAGUGUUUGGGGGUCAGGGCCCGUUAUUAACAGGUCUUCGUAACCUCGGCAACACCUGUUACAUGAACUCUAUCCUCCAGUGCCUGUGUAACACUGUUGCCAUGGCAGAAUAUUUCACCAGGAAUUAUUACCAGGAAGACAUUAACCGGGCAAAUAUUCUGGGUCAUAAAGGGGAGGUGGUGGAGGAGUUCAGUGUCGUUAUGAAGGCACUGUGGUCAGGACAGUACAAAUGCAUCAGCCCGCAGGAUUUUAAAGGCACCAUCUGUAAAAUCAACAACCGCUUUUCCAGUUAUGAGCAUCAAGAUUCACAGGAACUGUUGUUGUUCCUCAUGGACGGACUGCAUGAAGAUCUCAAUAAGGCAGAAAAACGGAGAGGUUAUAAGGAAGAAGAAAUCGAUCAUCUGGACGAUGUGAGCGCUGCAGAACUGGCCUGGUCUAAACACAAGCUGCUGAACGAGUCCAUCAUCGUUGCUCUGUUUCAGGGCCAGUUUAAAUCCACGGUUCAGUGCAUGAGCUGUCAACAUAUGUCACGUACAUUUGAGACCUUCAUGUACCUCACGCUGGAGAUGACGUCCAGCAGCAAGUGUUCUCUACAGGAUUGCUUGAAGCUGUUUUCAAAGGAAGAGCGUUUGACGGACAGUAACCGGUUCUACUGCCGACACUGCAAAACACACCGAGAUGCCAUCAAAAAAAUGCAAAUCUGGAAAGUUCCACCAAUUUUGCUCGUGCACUUGAAACGAUUUAAAUACGAUGGCCGGUGGCGAGAAAAGCUCCAGACGUUGGUUGAUUUUCCGCUGGACAAUCUGGACCUAUCGCAGUAUGUCAUUGGGCCCAAACACAACCUGAAGAAAUACAACCUGUACGCUGUGUCUAAUCAUUAUGGCGGGAUGGACGGCGGUCAUUACACAGCAUACUGUAAGAACCCAUUCAAGCAGCGCUGGUUCAAGUUUGAUGAUCACGAUGUGUCUGACAUCUCCUCCUCCUCCGUCCGCUCAGCAGCAGCCUACAUCUUCUUUUACUCCUCCCUUUGAGGGAAACAAACAGGUUGUCAUUAUGGUGACUAGAGGUGAUUGAUGCAUGUUUGAAUUGCAACUGUGGGCGGAGCUAAAGGUCAAUUGCAUGAGGACUGAUGGAAACUUCUGCUGAGGGAACAUCUCUAUCUAUCUCUCUCUCUCUCUCUCUCAGUGGGUGGUACCGCAGUGUCCAUUCUGUAGGACUGUAGCGGGGUUUGAACACAGACUCAGGUCUCAAUAACACUCAAGUCUUUCUGCUUCCUCCAAACUCACGGCUGGACUAAUGUCAUUAAGCAGGAUCUGUAUGCGAUAAUACACCAAUACACACACACACACUAUAAUCCAAAUGUAUUAUGUAGUGACCAAAUAUUUCCUGCGAAAAUGCAGUACACGUCUCUGGCCAGGUUUUGCCGGAUCCAAAGUAAACAAAGAGACUCUCGAUGAGAAACAACAAAAAUCCCUUCAUCACUACUGAGGAUUUGUUUCUUACCUUCUCAUAUAAACCCUCGACAUAUGACAUCUCUUAAAAACCCACUCAGUCACAGUCCAUAUAUGCACUCAUACUUGACUGCGGUAAAAAUGUAAUCAUGUUAAGUAGUUUAGUGCACCUGUUGGCCUGUCCUGUAGUGUUUAGGGGAGUCAAGGGUGAAUCUCAUAAAGAACAUGCCAAGAAGUCAAGGUCACAUUUCACCCUAAAAUCAAAAGAUAAUCAUUCACCCUGAAAGAGGAGGAUUGACGCAGAUGUGCCGCACUAAUAACAACAUACAGUGUAUGAGGCCUAACACUCAUUGGACUGUUAUGAGACCCUUUUCGUAAAUGUGAUAUAGUGAAAACUACUGUACAGCAAAUAACAUUAUUCAUUACAAACUAAAGUCAGAGUUGGUUAAAUUCCCUAGUGUAGCAUUCGUAGUAAUAAGGGUAUUUAAUCAUAUAUUCUUAAUUUAACUGUGACAGAGUUAUCUCUCUCUCUCUCUUCACUAAUAUUACUCUGAAUCAAAGCUGCUUUGUCAUCACUAAAUUUGCAAAUUUAAUAAUAAAAUUCUGUCAAUAUU